AAAAAACACUGCACAAAAAAAUAUGACCAAUAUACCACACAAAUUUUUCUUAUUUGAUUUUAUAUAUUUCACUGAUGUUGUGGUAUUUCUUUUGUGAAAGUAAAGCAGUCAAUAAGAAUUUGUUGGGAUGAGAAGAAACAAACAGUCUAGCUAUUGAGUAAACCUGCUGCGUGUAGCUCUGAUCACCUAAGAGACACCAACAGGCCAUAUGUCACUGCAGGACACUAAAGAUUCUUGGAGCUGCAUCAUUUCUCAAAUCAUAUUUUAGGCUGUGGGUCAGUGCUGAACAUCAAAGGAGAGGUGGAGAUGGAUGCUAUCGUGAUGGAUGGCAAAACACUGGCAAGCGGAGCAGUGUCCGCAGUACGCAACAUAGCUAACCCCAUCCAGCUAGCAAGACUUGUUAUGGACAAGACCAGUCACGCGUAUCUGACAGCCGAAGGUGCUAAUCAGUUUGCUCGAUCCAUGGGGAUCGAGGAGGUCCCCCAGGAGUCCCUCAUCACUGAGUAUUCCCGCAUGCGCUGGAGGAAGAACCUUGCACCUGAUGCCAACCCUGUGGAGUGCCAAAUGGGGAAGGCAGGCACUGUUGGUGCAGUAGCAGUUGACUUAGAGGGCAACUUAGCCUGUGCAACUUCCACUGGUGGGAUGCUGAACAAGAUGGAAGGUCGGGUGGGUGACACCCCCAUCAUAGGGUCUGGAGGGUAUGCUGACAACCAGUCAGGAGCAGUGUCCACCACAGGCCACGGUGAGACCAUCAUGAAGAUUACACUGGCCAGACUCAUCCUGUUCCACAUGGAGCAAGGUCGGUCGGUAGAAGAUGCCAGUGACUUGGGCCUGGCCUGCAUGCAGUCCAGACUUGGGGGGCUAGGCGGGGUAGUGACAGUGGAUCCUCAGGGCCACUGGGCUGCCCGCUUCAGCAGCAACUACAUGUCGUGGGCUGCAGCCCAGAGGGAUAUUGUGCACUAUGGCCAGUACUCUGGAGAACACUUCACCCAAAGCAUCAACUGAUGGAUGUUGUUGUUCUUUUUUUUAACUAUCAUUUUUAAGAGAGAAUUUGAUACUACUUGGACAACAAAAGAAAUUCAGUACAAGUUUAUCCGGGUGCUAAGAUAGAUGGUCAUUGUGCAUUUGAUUAAAACACAAAGUUAUAACACAAAAUGUUUUUAUCCGCAAAGGCUUACAGAGCCUAUGAAUUCUAGGCUGGAACUAAUUUCAGAUUACACUCUUAAAACUGAUCUUUAAUGCAGUCUUAACAUUGCCUUAGUGCUUGUGAUUGGUGAUUGCUAACAUACAUCAGGCCUAGCAAGGGCUUUAUUUAGGAUAAAUGGUAUUAAGCAAUAAGUUCAAAAUCACCAGUAAAUCAUGUGUAAAUGAUUGUUUUUGGCAGCAUUGUACAAGGGAGAAAGUCCAGACCGUAACCAUGAAUACCCAUGAACGUUUUUUUAUUGUAUGUUCAUUAAGUUCAGGUUUCGAGUGAGUCUGUGCAGGAAGCAAAGUGGACACGAAUCCUGUAGGUCCUGUACAGGACUUAAGAACUCCAAGCCAUUAAUUUGAUCUCAUUUCUUAAGAAUAAAAUUACAGAGUUGUUUAAAUUUCUUGAUUGAAAAAAAGAGUUUUCGUGAGAUUUCUUUAAAUGAAUGUCAUUUUGAAUGUUUGAAUGGCAAUCACUGCAAAAUAAAUUGGAAACUGAAAAUGUGGUGUGGGGACUUUAAAUAAACUGAAUCGAAAUAUUUGUGAA